AUGCUAGUUUGUAGAAGCGACCAUUCACUUCUGACGAUAGAAAAGCAAGCAGCUUGGUUCCAGGAAAAGUACAUCUUGGGUCACGAAGGUUGCGGACAGAUUAUUGAAAUAGGCAGCAAUGUUCAAGACAAAGGACUGAAAGUGGGAGACAUUGUAGCUCUUCAUGCGGUCCCAGGCUGUGGCCAAGACGAUUGCCCCGAAUGUUCUCGCGAUCUAGCUCAACUGUGUGAAAGAGGCCAUCACUCAGGCAUUGGCCAGGAUGGCUUUUACGCGCCGUUUACAGCUGUCGAUAUUCGAGCUGCAGUCAAGGUUCCUGAAGGUGUAACGCCAGCCGAAGCAGCAGUGGCCACCGACGCUGUGACCACAGCCUAUCACGCCAUCACUAGGAGAGGAGAAGUGAAGAAACAUGAAACAGUAUUUUUAUUCGGUCUUGGUGGUCUAGGAUUCAAUGCCCUUCAGAUCGUUCGUCAUAUUGGGUCACGAGUGGUAGUUUCUGAUAUCCGACAAGAACUGCUUGAUGAAGCCAAAGCUCUGGGUAUACCUGAAAAAGAUAUCGUUCCAGUGGGAAAGCAGCCUCAACAAUUUAUCAAAGAUAAUGGUCUAGAGGGAAAGAUCGACACUGUCCUUGACUUCGUUGGAACCCAUCAGACAUUCGAAGACGCUCAACAUAUCGUACGUCGCGGGGGCAAACUCCUCUGCAUCGGAAGCCUGGACACAGAAAACACAAUCCACAUGAAGAUCGGCACCAGGAAGAGGCUUUCUUUCAUCUUCUCAUAUGGUGGUCAAGUCAGAGAUUUAAAAAAGGUUCUCGACCUUAUUGCUUCUGGUCACAUCAGCCCACGAGUUGAAACCAGAAAGCUUCCUGAUUUUGAGGAAGUGCUUGGGGCACUGGGUGAAGGGAAGAUUAAAGCAAGAGUGGCAUUACUACAUGAUUAG